AUGACGAACUUCUCGCAGCCGCCGCGCAGCGAGCCCGUGCGGCCGGACGAGGCGGCGGACGUGGCCGGCGUGGGCGCGGACGUGGACAGAACCUCGCUGCCCCGCCUGCCGAUGCCCUUCAGCCCAACCCCCCUGCAUCCGGCCAACCUGAGGCAACCAACACACGUCGGUCACAAGCCACUGCAGCUGCAGAAGCCGGCCUGCAGCGUGGUCUUGCAGCCCUCGAUGCCGUUUGCUUGCAAACCACUUGCCGUGAGCACUGCCCCUGCGCGCGUCCGCGGGUGCUUGCGCACUGCCCUGCGAACAGGGCUCCGGCUCGCAGUGCAUCCGUCCUGCCCUGAGGACGAAGUGCGCGGCUGGAUGCUUUUCUGCGUCGCGCCCCGGAUGCUGCUUUACCGCUCGCCUGGCGACUCCCGAGUGCCCACGGCAGAGUUGGACAGGCGCUUUGACGCGUUUCGAGCAGGGCUAUGGACCGACCUGCUGCGCGAGGCGGCAGAACUGCUCGCUGCAGGCAACAGCGACACCCUCGCAGAGCUCCGCGACCCCCAGCGACGACCGCACGAGCCCUACGCCCCGUUACCGCAGGCCCCGCUCCAACAUAACCCUGAUCAAGCGUGCCCCCUGCCUCUGCAGGCCUUCCUCGACAGCUUGCGGAGUGCUCGUCGCAGCUUCGCUGCUGGCCCGUCCGGCGCCACCAACGAGCACAUCCGCGUCUUGCUCGACGACGAGGUGGACGCCCGUUUGCUGCAUGGCGCCGCCCUUCGGCUAGCCAAAGCGGAAGUGCCUCUCGCUGUGGUCGACGGCGACGGCAUGCGUGUCGCGCGCAUCGUCGCAUUGCGCAAGCUCAACGGCAGGGCCGAGGGCGGCGAGCAAGGCGACCCACUGAUGCCGGCAUUCUAUGCCUUGGCGCAGCACGGCUGA